AUGGAUGACGAUGAUAUAGUGCGAAUUGAUGAAGAAAAUGAAGAUGAUCAAAAUCAAGAUGAUCAAGAUGAUCAAAAUGAAUAUUUAGCUAUUAAUAUUAAUGAAACAUUAGAUAAUAAAAAUAGUAGCAAAAAUGCUAAAAAAAGAAAAUUAAUUUGUAUUGGCCUUCGGUCUACAGAAAUAUCAAGUUACAUUAAACGGACUCCUGCACAGUUUGGUGGUAGUCGUCGUAUUGAGAUUGUUGCACGUGAGCUUUUUCCUAACCUGUUUCCAUAUAAGUUCAAUAGAAAAAAAUUGAAUUCUAAACAAAAAAGGUUAUUAAACCGUGCACUUUUUGCAGAAUCUAUAUGGAAAAUCGACCGAUCAUGUAAUGCAAUACGUGCAAAAAGUUGUACUGGAGUUGCUGAAGAGGGAAAUAUAUGCCAUGAGUGUUCUUUUAUUCGGUAUAAUAAAAUUUUACGCAAUAGAAUAGUGCAACCUUUACCAUUACCUGAUAAUAUCAAAUUUACGCCCAAAUAUUAUUGGGAAGACAAUCCUUUAAAACGAUAUCUUCAGAAUUGUGACCUUCGUGACAUUUGGAAUACACUUAAUAAUGAAUCGGAAAAUCAACAAGAGAAUCCGUGGAUUAUCCUUGCCAAUAAAGCUAUAAAAGGUGCUUUUAAGGAUAUGCCAGUAUUUACUGGUCUUUGUGAGGUUAUGGGUAAUGCAAUUGAACGAAAAAUCAAUAACAAAUCUAAAAGAAAUUUAAAAUAUAGCGAAGAAUUUACCAAUUUUUUAACUAUUUUGGGAGGAAUAAGUUCAAGGGCCUUAGAAUUGUUCAGACAAAAUUUAGAAGGUCGUUCACUUCAAUCAAUUCGGUUAGUUAAUUUAAUAUUUUUAAAUAUAAAUUGUUUAAAUUUUGAUUUCUAAUUGUUUUAACUAAAUUUAUUAGACAAUUAAGAAGAAAUAAUGAAGAUUAUUUAACGAAUCCAGAACUAUGUUAUGAAAAUGUAGCAAGAUUUAAAAGAUUAGUUGAUUCAAUAAAUUAUAAUGGUCCAGUUUCAGCAAUGACCGAUAAUACAAAACUCAAGUCACGAUUACGGUAUUCUCCUAAUCUUGGUUGUAUUAUUGGAUCAGUAUUUUCAAAAAAAGAAGC